CGCCAUGUUGGUGGAGUGAAAAGGGUGACGUGCAAGUGUUUACUUAACUAUUACAGUUUCAUUACUUUGUUUGAAGUAUGUCGCAAAAUGCCUGCUUUUUGCCUAAUUAUAAACUGUUCCAACGACAAAUCUAAACGUAAAGAUCUUUCAUUCUGUCGUGUACCGAAAAUUAUUAAAAAUCAAGGCGAGGAAACGGAGAUCUUGUCAACUGAACGCAGGCGAAGAUGGCUGUCAGCCAUACGUCGACAAGAUUUAACAGACCGAAUAAUUGAAAACGAUCGUGUGUGUGGAGACCAUUUUCACUCAGGAAAAGCAGCUCCUUUGUGGGAUAAGUUUAAUGUUGACUGGGUGCCUUCUCUUAACAUGGGACAUCAAAAAUCUGUGAUAGACGAAGCGUCGCUGCAACGAAGCCUUGAAAAAGCAAAGAGAGUCGCAGAACGAAGGAAACGUACACAUGAGAGCACAGAAGAAAUGGCCAAAGAGAAGUCAAAAAGAGUGAAUGAACCUGGCGUAUGUGUUAAAUAUUUAUUCCAGUCUACGACUACGGACGUUGAAAUGGACGAUAUCGAGGACCUCGCUGAAAAUUUGCCAGAUAACUUGAGAAAUGCCGUAACACAAACAGCAGUUUCAACGACAACAGUUGGCAUUCAGACAAGUGAGACGCAUAAUUGUAUGCUUCAAACCGAGUCUUUGUUUCUUAAUAAACAAUGUUCUGACUUUGAUGAAGCUUUUUUUGUUGAUAACAACGAGAAAGUAAAAUUUUACACUGGUCUACCUUCCUUUGAAAUUUUACAAAAAGUCUUCUGUUUUGUUGAACCUUAUGUUGACAGACGUCCUCAGCUUUUGUCUAAGUUUCAAGAGUUUGCAAUGGUUUUAGUAAAAUUGAGACUUGCUGUUCCUCAUCUUGACCUUGCGUAUCCUUUAAAAAUUUCAUCUGCAGUGGUUUCUGGAAUUUUGUCUGCUUGGCUGACUGUCAUGGAUGUUCGCUUAGGUCCUCUUGUCAAAUGGCCAGAUCGUGACGAAUUGUACGCAACCAUGCCUAGAUGUUUCCUGGACUCAUUCGGACGCAAAACCACAGUUAUCAUUGAUUGCUUUGAAAUUUUUAUUGAUAGACCGACUAAUCUCCUUGCAAGAGCACAGACUUUUUCAAGUUACAAGCAUCAUAACACUGUUAAAGUAUUAAUUGGAAUUACACCACAGGGUACAAUUUGUUUUGUUAGUGAGGCUUGGGGAGGGAGAACUUCAGAUAAAUUUUUAACUGAAAACUGUGGUCUACUGGAUAAACUUAUACCAGGUGAUUUGGUUCUUGCAGAUAGGGGUUUUACCAUUCAUGAAAGUGUUCAAUUUCAGCAAGCCCAAUUGAACAUUCCUGCAUUCACCAAAGGUAAAGACCAACUUGAUCCUGCGGACGUGGAACAGACAAGAAAAAUUGCUUCUGUCCGAAUACACGUUGAAAGAAUCAUUGGUUUGCUUAGACAGAAAUAUACCAUUCUUCAACAAACUUUACCAACUGAUUACCUAAUUUGUCGAAAAGGCGAAUCUGUACCUCUAGUUGACAGAAUGAUUAGAAUUUGCUCUGCACUAGUAAACCUAUGCCCUCCUACUGUACCUUUUGAUUGAAAGCCUAAAUAGUAACAGUGAAACUAUAUUAAAUUUUUGGUGGUGAAUUUUUCAAAUUUCUAACAAAUGAAAGCACCAGAAUUACGGCUGUGUGACUAAUAAAUAUAACUGUUAUAGUG